AUGUCUUUUUGGAUUGACACAGAAGACUGGCAUACAGCCGGCGAACCAUUCCGCAUCGUCGAUACUUUACCAGAAGACCAUCUCCCAAUCGCCCCAACAGUAAAAGACCGUCGUUUGUCAAUCAUAAACACACCCUACCAUCCUCUUGACCAACUUCGCCAAUCACUAUGCCACGAACCCCGCGGUCACGCAGAUAUGUACGGCGGCUUCAUCACCCCGCCCGAUGACGCUGGCGCUAACUUCGGCGUUCUAUUCUGGCAUAAAGAUGGAUUCUCUACCGCGUGUGGACAUGGAACAAUAGCCCUUGGGUACUGGGCCGUUGAGCAUAAGUUGGUUGAUGUGCCUCUGGAUGGCGAAGUGGAUGUUGUUAUUGAUGUUCCCUCUGGUCGGGUCACGGCUAAAAUCGCUAUUAAGGAUGGGGAGCCUACCCAUGGAGACUUUAUCAACGUGAAGAGCUAUCAGAUUGCCAAAGACCUAAAUGUCACUAUUCCAUCAAAGGACAUGGACAUUAAGGUCGAUUUGGCUUUUGGAGGAGCUGUAUAUGCUCAUGUUGACGCUGCUCAAUUGUCUCUCACUGUCGAGCCGAGCAAAUACAUCGAGUUCAUCAACCUCGGUCGCGAGAUCAAGACCUGCCUUGGAACAAGGGCGCACUACGACACAUACGACCUUUACGGCGUUAUCUUUUACAACGAAGGGCGCGAUGAACAAGAUGGGAAUGUCAGACAGCGAAACGUUGUCAUCUUCGCGGAUGGACAAAUUGACCGUUCGCCUUGUGGUUCGGGAACAUCUUCACGAGUCGCUGCCCUCAUGGCUCAGGGAAGACUAGACCAUGGAAAGGGAAAGCUUAUACACCGUUCCAUCAUUGAUACCGUGUUUGAAGCAGACGUCGUUCGCGAAGAGCAGAGCCCUGUGGAGUUUCCCGCUUGUAUACCUCGUGUCAGAGGAACAGCAAACCUGGUCGGAAGGAUGAGCUUCUUCAUUGAUCCUUCUGAGGAUGUUUUCCCCGGUUUCCUUCUACGGUAG